GAGUCUGAGCUGCAGUGACACACACUCAGAAGAUUCAAUAACAAUGUCAGCAUGUGCAGUCUGGGAGCUUAAAGAUGCAUUAGUGAGCAGAAAGUCUAGAGGACAGCAGUGGUGACAGGCAGCAGACAGACAGAUCGUGUCAUAAAUCAGUCUGGCACAGACUGUGGAGAGAGAGAAAAACUUGAGACAGACGUAGCAGAGCAUGAGUGCAGGAAUGGAGGUGUGGAGCAGUACAGGAAUGGACGAGAGCGAGAGAGACAGCAGCACCAGCCGUGAUGAAGAUGAUGAAGAAGCAGAGGACGAAGAGGAAACAGACACUGAGGGACUGUGCAGGGAGCUGGUGCAAGUGCUGUGUUCAGAGAGAGUUGGUCAGAUCACAAAGACAUAUCAUGACAUCGAGGCAGUUACACAUCUGCUUGAGGAGAAAGAGCGGGAUCUGGAAUUGGCAGCCCGGAUUGGCCAGUCGCUUCUCAAGCAGAAUAAAGCCCUGACUGAACGCAACAAACUACUGGAUGAACAGCUGGAAAUCACCAGGGAAGAGAUUGCCCAGCUGCGUCAUGAGCUCUCCAUGAGAGAUGAUCUCCUGCACUUUUAUGCCAGCACUGAAGAUAUAGAGCAUGCCUCAGAAACACUGCUUAUACAGAAGGAUUCGUCCUCAUCUCUCAUCAACUGUGUCAAUUAUGACUUCCUGCAACAGAAACUGAAGGGUUUAGAAGAGGAGAACUUUAAAUUGCGCACCGAGGCUAAUGAGUUGACAUUUGAGACCAACAGUUAUGAGGAACAAGAGCAACGGCUUAUGAUGGUGUGUGUGGACGAACUCUCAACAGCGAAUAAGCAGGUCGUGUCUCUGUCAGAGGAAUUGGCCCGGAAGAUGGAAGAUUCGCUAAGACAACAGGAAGAGAUUAGUGCCCUCCUGGGACAGAUUGUGGACCUAGAGCAGCGCUGCAAAGGGCUCACCGCUGAGAACGAGGAGUUAACGCAACAUCUGAAUGUUUCCCGGGAAUGCCAGUUGCAGCUUAAAACAGAGCUGAAGGAGCUGCAGGAGAGGUACUCCGAAUGUAAAGACAUGCUCCAUGAAGCCAGAGAGGACAUUAAAAACCUGCAAAACAAGAGCCUGCCCAACAGCACCGUGCAGCGUUAUAGCACCCUGGCAGCGGUCGUCCCAAUGGAUUCACUUGCUGCUGAGAUUGAAGGAACCUUCCGGAAAGGCCUAGACAGCCCAGCGCCCACUGAAUACAAGAAUCAUCCGCUGCGGGUGUUUGAGACCGUGAAGGUGGCCAAUCAAGCAGCUCGGCUACGUUCUCAGAUUCAGUCUCCGCAGGUUCCGGGUUCGAGCCCUGCAUCCUUACGCUCUAGUCGGAUCAGUACGCCACGGACCAGUUAUUAUGAAUCAGACAAUAUUAGUGUCAACAUGGAGGAUAAGCACUCCCCUCCGACGCACACUCAGGAUCAUGGGUUACUGGAGUCGAAGCGUUUGGGCCAGCCAGGUACGCCAGGAGGGCAGGAUUUAGAGGAAGCACUCCGGUCUCUUUCAGAGCGCCAGGAGAGCCACACAUCAGAGCGGCCCUUCUUCGAGGUGGAGAGAGAAAGGAAACUGCGCGCCUUGCAGAGUGGAAGCAGCGGCAGCGGCGGAGGCUCCAGCGGUUUCCUGACACCCAACGGCAGCGUCGCAUCCACAGGAACGAACUACUCCGGCACCUCCACGCACUCCUCGGGCACAGGCUCCUCCCGCUCGUACCUGCCUGAGCGCCUGCAGAUAGUCAAGCCUCUGGAGGGCUCAGUGACUCUGCACCAAUGGCAGCAGCUGGCCAAGCCCAAUCUGGGGGGCAUCCUGCACCCUCGGCCGGGUGUCCUCACCAAAGACUUCAGAGAGCUGGAUGUAGAUUUUCAACAUGUCUACAGCCUCAACGACCUCGAGGAAGAUGAGCCUGAUCCGUCCAAAUUCCCCAACCUCCUGAAAGGCACUGUGGUCUCUUCAUCCAGACCUAACAUCCCUCAGACCUCAAACACCCCCCCGUCCACUAGCGGUCAGAUCCUCCAUCCCUCUGCCCUCCUCUCCUCCUUCUCCACCAGCCUUCGGCCCCACAGUGCAUCUGCUUGUGGGAGCUGUGAGCACGUGAGGACGUCACCAGGCCUCCAGUGCGUCUCUGGGUCCACAUCACACCUCCACCCGACCUCCUCCCUCGGUCUGCUACAACUUGUGUCAGAGCGCGGCAUCUCAGCUGCAGUUCAUCCCAACUCCCCUCUCGCUCACAGAGCCACCGCGUCCUCAGAGGAAACACAACGGGACUCUGCGGGAAGUCAACCGAACAAAAGAGAAAAGGAAUGGCAGGGAAACAUUUUCAGCGUCAAUCUUGUGGAAAAACUCAGAAGCCUGGGCCUGUACAAAGUGGUUGCCAGAGGCUUUGUGGAUUCAAGGAGAAAAGCCAGCCCCCAGUGAAACACAAAACGCCGUUCACCAUUGAAGGGUCCAAUUCUGCAUCACCCCUCAUUGUAGCAUGCAGCUAAACUUUUCCCAUUCGUAAUGGGGCAUUACAAAGCCAUAUCAAGUUUUCAUUUCCGUAGUGACUUCUUUCGGCACUGGGAAUUUUAGGUAUGGACUGCACCAAAAAAAGAUUUCAUUAUGAAGUCAAACACACCUUUUUUUGUAUCAUUGGUGUCAUGGGGUGCUUUAAACACUCUUAAGAAGGGAACAUUUGUUUUUCAACAAAAUAAUGUCCUCCUUUGUUGAGACCUUGUCUUGUCACAAUCAGUCUUGAAAUCACUACUUUAUUGUUAUGAAAUUGUUCCAUGUAGCAGCACUACAGAAGAAAUGCACUACGUGGCCUCAGUUGCUUGCUGCCAAUCAAGCAUCAGUGUCAAUAGUGCGUUUUGCUUCCUGAAAGACACGUUUGUUCAUAAUAGCACUUUUCAGAGAAUUCAGAUCCCUUUUCCUAGGGAAUGCAGGGUACAUUAUGUGAGGUUAUGUACUGUACCUGCAGUCUACACACUUUAAAAAUGAGAAGCUGUAUUUAUGAUGAAUGUUGGUGGUCAAUUUAGGGAAUAUUAUACGAUCUUGUUGAGCGAAUAGAAGUGAUCUUGUGCUUUAUUUUCACAGUGCUUUAAUGCAAGUACACCCAUGCACACACAUACACACACACACGUAUGUCAUGCAACUUAAAUGUCACAGUCACGUUUUCACCUGUAAAGUUUGUAGUGCAUAUGAUUGUGUCUUACCAGAAUCAGGGAUGCACUAGUAAAGUUGACACAGUUUCUGCUGCAGUUAAGUAAUUAAGUAAAUCGAGUCAUCAAGGGCUGAAUUUAUAUCACUGGAUUAUUCAAUGAACACAGGUUUUGCUUUCUUCUUCUCUCGAUCAAGAUCUUCUGUUGUGUCCGCUUGUGUCUGUCAACCAGGUGAACACAAAUAUAUCUGUAUAUGGAGAAAGCUUUGUACUGUGUGUGUUUGAAAUGUUCAAAGGGGCAGGACGAGGGUAGUAUUUACUGAUCUAAAGUGUCAGACGUCUCAGUGGUUAUUUAAAAAGUAAUAUAUUUAAAUAAAAAUGUCUACCUUUAAUACCACUCUGUGUAAAACAAAAUCCUCGGCUGGUCACUAUUUUUGUAGAAUAUGUAAAGAGUUGUUUAGAAAAAAAUAAAUACAAUUAUAUAAAGAAUCGUCAGUUUACUCAAGGAUCAGAGGUUAAAGGUUGAGUAAUAUUUUUACAUUUGAACAAUGUUUAGCCUCAUGAUGAAUUAAAAGCCCAGAGUUUCAGGCACUGAUACUGUGUUAAAUGGCAAUAAAGAUUUCAGUGUAUUUUUGACCCGUA